AUGGCCGACACAUUUGUCGACCCGACCACCACGUCAGAGCAAUCACCAUGGUCAAUCCUGAACAAGCUCCCCACCAAGCGGAUCGACGCUGCCAUCACGCGCGCCUCCCAGGCCGGCGUUCCGCAACAAGCAGGUCAAACAGGCGGGUACGCCCCUCGGUACCUUCAUCUCUCCCACAUCCCGCUCUUCCCACUCUACUCGGCAGGCCAGCACGAGCUGCUGGCCAAAGAGCAGAAGCGCAAGGAGAGCAUCAUCAAGAACAUGGACGCCGCGGACCCGGACAAGAACCUCACUGGCGGGCAGAAGGCGUUCCUGGGCGUGUUGGGCCACGUCACGGGCGGGGGCAGCAUCGUGAGCGCCAAGCGGUGGGAACGCCGACUCGAGGGCGCCAGCGUCUGGACCUCCAACAACCUAAUGCAGCAGAACAAGCUGGUCGUGUUCACGAGGUGGGCUGUGCCCUCGCCGCCGGGUCACCAGGGAACCGUGCCUUGGUUCGUCGACGUGGUCGAGCACCGAUUCCUCGACACCGCCGGGGGGGACCACAGCAGCACGUUCAAGAAGAUGGGCGGCAACGUCGUCAUGUUGAAGGUCGGCAUUGGCGGCGGCAUAGCGCACGCCAAGAAAGUCACGCUGCGGUUGCUCAAGACGGAGGCCAAGGGACUGAAGACGCAGAAGACGUGGACGAAGCGCAUCAACUUUCAGCCGUGCGAGGCCAUCACGUUCGUGGGCGACAGCGAGAUUCUGGCCAUGGAGAUCGUGGCGCGCGUCCAGAGGGCGUGCAGUUCCGUCGAGGCCAUGGAGGUCCAGAAGCGGUUCGACAAGGAGUGGAUGGUGCCGCUUGUGCAGUGA